GAAUAGACAAUCCAUCUGCUGGAAUCAGGGCAAAGGCUGCUCUAGACGCUACACGCAGGGAAUGACUUUUCCCCGGUAUCAUUCACCUGUUUCUCCAACGCUGUGUGCUCAGUGUCUGAUUCACAAUAGGUGCUCAAUAAAACAUUAUUGUCCUGAAUUAAAUCCCCCGGGAAAGGGCGCCCUCGGGGACUUCGGAACUUCAGGCGCCGCCCACCACUCCUCUGGGGUUCAGGCCAACACGCCGUUGCCAUGGCAGCAGGGGGGGCGCGGCUGACGUGCUGCGGGGUUUCCGGGAAGAUGGCGGCUGUCGAAGCGGCUGCAGAGCCGGUAACGGCGGUGGCGGCUGUUGGGCCAAAAGCGAAAAACGAAGAGGAGGAGGAAGAGGAGCUGCUGCCACCGUGCGAGGCGGUGCGCUGGGCCCCGGUGGGGGCGGUGGCGGAGGCCGGGCCUGGAGCAACCGCGUUUUUCGAAGAGACGGCGGCCGAGGAGCCUGGCGCGGUGCCGGGCUCCCCGCCCGAUUCGCCGGGCCGGACGCUGCGGCGGCUGCGGGCAGAGCGGCGGCGGCUGGACUCGGCGCUGCUGGCGCUGUCCUCGCACUUCGCGCAGGUGCAGUUCCGCCUGCGACAGGUGGUGCGCGGGGCGCCGGCGGAGCAGCAGCGCCUUCUGCGGGAGCUCGAAGACUUCGCCUUCCGCGGCUGCCCUCACGUCCUAGGUUACGAAGGGCCCGGCGACCCCGCCAGCGAUGAGGGCGAUGGGCUGCCGGGAGACCGGCCACGGUUGCGGGGCGAGGACCAGGUAAGCGGUCGGAGCCGGGCCGCGAGGGAUAUGGGAAUAGGGGGAUCGUGUGGGUGGCGAUCUAGAGUGAUCAUAGAUGAGUUAAUAAAGAAACUGGACAUGAAUCUGAAUGAGGACAUCAGUUCCCUGUCCACUGAAGAGCUUCGUCAGCGCGUAGAUGCAGCGGUGGCUCAGAUCGUCAACCCAGCCCGAGUCAAAGAACAGUUGGUUGAGCAACUAAAAACUCAGAUCCGAGACCUCGAGAUGUUCAUCAACUUCAUCCAAGAUGAAGUGGGAAGCCCCUUGCAGACAGGUGGUGGACACUGUGAGUGCAAGGCCAAUGGGAAGACAGGAAAUGGCUGCAGCAGAACAGGCAGCAGCAGACCGCCUCCAGGAAACAGCAAAACAAAGGCAGAGGAUGUGAAGAAAGUCCGGGAGACAGGGCUGCACCUGAUGCGGCGAGCACUGGCAGUGCUCCAGAUCUUUGCUGUUAGCCAAUUUGGUUGUGCCACAGGCCAGAUCCCUCCAACCCUGUGGCAGAGGGGCCAGGCUGACCGAGACUACUCUCCCUUGCUGAAGAGGCUGGAGGUGUCAGUGGACAGAGUGAAGCAGCUAGCCUUGAGGCAGCAGCCACACGACCAUGUCAUCACCUCUGCCAACCUCCAGGACCUCUCUCUGGGAGGCAAGGAUGAGCUGACUAUGGCUGUGCGGAAGGAGCUGACGGUGGCCGUAAGGGACCUGCUGGCCCAUGGACUGUAUGCCUCCUCCCCAGGGAUGAGCCUUGUUAUGGCUCCUAUUGCUUGUUUGCUGCCAGCCUUCUCCUCGGCCCCUGAGGCCAUGCACCCCUGGGAGCUCUUUGUAAAGUACUACCAUGCUAAGAACGGCCGAGCUUAUGUGGAAUCCCCAGCCCGGAAGCUGUCCCAGUCCUUCGCCCUUCCUGUUACGGGAGGCACUGUUGUGACCCCCAAACAGAGCCUGCUGACAGCCAUCCACAUGGUGCUGACAGAGCACGACCCUUUUAAGCGCAGUGCAGACUCAGAAUUGAAGGCUUUGGUGUGCAUGGCACUGAAUGAGCAGCGUCUGGUGUCCUGGGUGAACCUCAUCUGCAAGUCUGGGUCACUCAUCGAGCCUCACUACCAGCCCUGGAGCUACAUGGCACACACAGGCUUUGAGAGCGCCCUCAACCUGCUCAGUCGCCUCAGCAGCCUCAAGUUUAGCCUCCCUGUAGAUCUGGCUGUGCGCCAGCUCAAAAACAUCAAAGAUGCCUUUUGAUGAGAGUGCCCUAACCCCAGACAAGCUCCUUGCUCAGUAGAAAUAGAUGUGUUAGUCUUCCAGCAUAGGAGCAAGGAAUCAAAAGUGGGGUUAAAGGCUUUUUUGCCAGACCCUGCUCAGGCGGUUGGCCAAAUGAGUGCAAAGUCUGUUUUCCCCACCAACUUAGCAUCUCGGAAAGAUGUGCUGGAGAGACCCUCUUGUUAAGAAGGUUCUGCCAGGCCGGGCGCGGUGGGUCACGCCUGUAAUCCCAGCACUUUGGGAGGCCGAGGUGGGCGGAUCACAAGGUCAGGAGUUUGAGACCAUCCUGCCUAACACGGUGAAACCCCGUCUCUACUAAAAAUACAAAAAAAUUAGCCAGACAUGGUGGCAGACGCCUGUAAUCCCAGCUAC